AUGACUCUAGUCUGGAGACAUUUGCUGAGACCCUUGUGCCUGGUCACCUCCGCUCCCAGGAUCCUUGAGAUGCGUCCUUUCCUGAGCCUAGGUGCUUCCUGGACAUCAGUAACCAAGCUCAGUCUUCAUACAAGGCCCAGAAUGCCUCCAUGUGACUUCACACCUGAAAGAUACCAGUCCCUUGGCUACAAUCGUGUCCUGGAAAUCCACAAGGAACACCUUUCUCCUGUGGUGACGGCGUAUUUCCAGAAACCCCUGCUGCUCCAUCAGGGGCACAUGGAGUGGCUCUUUGAUGCUGAGGGAAACAGAUACCUGGAUUUCUUUUCCGGGAUUGUUACUGUCAGUGUUGGCCACUGCCACCCGAAAGUGAACGCAGUGGCACAAAAGCAACUCGGCCGCCUGUGGCAUACAAGCACUGUCUUCUUCCACCCUCCAAUGCACGAAUAUGCAGAGAAGCUUGCCGCACUUCUUCCUGAGCCUCUUAAGGUCAUUUUCUUGGUGAACAGUGGCUCAGAAGCCAAUGAGCUGGCCAUGCUGAUGGCCAGGGCGCACUCAAACAACAUAGACAUCAUUUCUUUCAGAGGAGCCUACCAUGGAUGCAGUCCUUACACACUUGGCUUGACAAAUGUAGGGACCUACAAGAUGGAACUCCCUGGUGGGACAGGUUGCCAACCAACAAUGUGUCCAGAUGUUUUUCGUGGCCCUUGGGGAGGAAGCCACUGUCGAGAUUCUCCAGUGCAAACAAUCAGGAAGUGCAGCUGUGCACCAGACUGCUGCCAAGCUAAAGACCAGUAUAUUGAGCAGUUCAAAGACACGCUGAGCACAUCUGUGGCCAAGUCAAUUGCAGGAUUUUUUGCAGAACCUAUUCAAGGUGUGAAUGGAGUUGUCCAGUACCCAAAGGGGUUUCUAAAGGAAGCCUUUGAGCUGGUGCGAGCAAGGGGAGGUGUGUGCAUUGCAGAUGAAUCCAAAUGGCGCCAUGAGAGAUUGUGGACAGUAAUGUGUCCCUCUUUCCAUACUUUCUAUUUUUUCCCUCUAGAGAUUGCCAAAUCUUUGGCCAAACGCCUGCAGUACUUCAACACCUUUGGAGGGAACCCCAUGGCCUGUGCCAUUGGAUCUGCUGUGCUUGAGGUGAUUAAAGAAGAAAAUCUACAGGAAAACAGUCAAGAAGUUGGGACCUACAUGUUACUAAAAUUUGCUAAGCUGCGGGAUGAGUUUGAAAUUGUUGGAGACGUUCGAGGCAAAGGCCUCAUGAUAGGCAUAGAAAUGGUGCAGGAUAAGAUGAGCCGCCGACCUCUUCCCCGUGAAGAAGUGAAUCAGAUCCAUGAGGACUGCAAGCACAUGGGGCUCCUCGUUGGCAGAGGCGGCAUUUUUUCUCAGACAUUUCGCAUUGCACCCUCAAUGUGCAUCACUAAACCAGAAGUUGAUUUUGCAACAGAAGUAUUUCGUUCUGCCUUAACCCAACACAUGGAAAGAAGAGCUAAGUAACAUUCUCAGAAAUAAAACUACAAGUCUCAAGAA